UUGUGAGUAAUACCUUUGAGUCAUAAAAUAUUAUCAGGUCAAGAGCGGUUGUCAGAAAAUGUCACGACCAGAUAAUGCAGAGGCUUUAGAAAAGCAAUUAGCCAACCUACAAAUGAGUAAAGAAUCGAGUGCCUUAGGCAAAGUUAAGAAGAUACCACCUGCUGUGCCACCUAAAAAGAAGGCACAACCUCAAGUUCCACACAGUGCCGUUGUCAACACACUUCGGGAGCCUUCGUAUUCUACAAAAAUAUCUCCAGUUUUAAACAAUAACCAUCACACCUUUAAUAACACUAUCCCUCCGCAUCAAAAUUACAAAGAUUAUGUAAAUGUUAACAAUGCCACUGGACUUCCCAGUAAUUCAGCCAGACAAAACUUGGUGACACCGUCAAAGACUUAUGCCACAUAUAGUAACAUACCACCAUAUAGGAGUAACAACAGCAUUGUACCACCACCACCGCCUCCUCCACCACCUCCACAUACACUUCAAAGUUUGCAGCCUAAAUCUUUUACUGAUAAUGAAGAAUAUCCACCGCCACCUUCACCAGUAAGCUCGAAUUAUAGUGAAUUAGCCAGAGCCACGGCUAAUAUUAAUUACAACCAAGACAGAUUGUUUCAGCAAGGAAGACCUUAUGCACAUAUUUACCAAAAUGAAUACCCAGAAUAUGAAGUUUCUCAAGGUUCUACAUAUGAGUCAAUCUAUGAACCUAUAAAUCCACGUCCUCAAAGCACUUUAUCAGCUUCACAUAAUCAAGGAUAUCAUAAUAAUUUGUCAACCACAAACAAAUCUCCAUUGCCCAAGGAAGAAGAGGUUGAUGCACUUACAAAUCUUCUAGUUAAAUCAAUAGCAGAUAGUCAAGAUUUGGAUGUGUUUGGGAUUUGCAUCAAAUGUAAUGACAAAGUUAUCGGUGAAAGUUCAGGUUGCACAGCAAUGGGUAAUAUGUACCAUGUACAAUGUUUUUCUUGUUAUCAUUGUAACACAAAUUUACAAGGCAAACCUUUUUAUGCUGUUGAGGGGCAACCUUACUGUGAAUCUGAUUAUUACGAAACAUUAGAAAAAUGUUCCGUAUGUUACAAGCCAAUUUUGGAUCGAAUUUUAAGAGCUACUGGUAAACCCUACCACCCUGGUUGUUUUACUUGUGUUGUUUGUGGUAAGAGCCUAGAUGGUAUACCAUUUACUGUUGAUGCAAUGAACCAAAUUCAUUGCAUUGAUGAUUUUCAUAAGAAAUUUGCUCCACGCUGUUGCGUUUGUGAACUUCCUAUAAUGCCUGAAGAAGGCGAGGAAGAAACAGUACGAGUGGUUGCCUUAGAUCGUAGUUUUCAUGUGCGGUGCUACCGCUGUGAAGAUUGUAGUCUUCUGUUAUCAUCGGAAGCUGCAGGUCGAGGAUGUUAUCCACUUGAUGGUCGUAUUCUUUGCAAAAAUUGCAACGCUCAUCAAAUUCGUCUGCUUACUAAUGUCAUGACGACUGAUUUAUAAAAGUAUGUAUAAAGUAUAAUUCAAUAUAAACAUACAUAAUCAUAUGUUUUAAGAUAAGUUAUGUUAAUAUUGGUGACUAUAAAUGUUAUAAAAAGAAAUUAACAAUUAUUAUACUAAUUUAUUAGCUUAUAAAAAUAAUAAACGUGAUCAGCCGUCCUAUAUCUACAAACGAUUUGACUGUUUACAGAAACAGAUGUUGAAAAUCAUUUAUAUUUCUUAACUGAAUUCUAAUUUAUUAAAAAUUUUCCUUUUCUUGCAUUUAUGGAAAUUUUGGUGAUAUAAAUAAUGAAAUACUUUGUAAAGACUGACAAUUGGAAAAUAAGCUGUAUAAAAGCAAUAAAAUUAUGGAUAAUAAAACACAAGGUGAUCGUUUAUGUGUAAAGUAUAUUUAUUAAAAUAGAAUGUGAUAGUCUUUUGUCACUACUACCAACAAAACCUAUUUAUAAGAAGUUGCAUUAUAAAUGCUAUAAAAUUAGGCAAAUAAAACGAAACUGUUUCAAAGUUAUAUUUUGAAUAUUUACGAAAUAAUUAUGACAUGUGAAAACAAUUAUACUAAUUAUGGCAAAUAUUUACUAGCAAUUAAGCUUAAUUAUAUUUAUUAUAGUUGUAUUUUAUUA